AGCACAUACCACACAUCAGUACUGUACCACAACAAGCAACCGUACAUGAUGGACGAGGUUAAGAUACUCUUGCCCUCACGGCUGACCACAGAGCAUCAUCUGAAGAUCACGUUUACGCACGUAGCUGCCAAUAAGAAGAAGAGUGCGCGCGAUGCGCUACCACCCAUCGGUUACGCAGUAGUACCGCUUCGGGGGCCUCUGGGCAAUCUGCUGGAGGAUGGCGUGCGCAACCUACCGGUCGCCCAGGAGUUGAGUACUGGUUAUUUGUCCACUAUCAGAGCCGGUAUGGGGGGAGGGUGUGGCAUGUCUCAGUACGAUGAUAAGAAAUGGUACGAGAAUGGGAAAGCGCUGUUCACUGUGGAGGUCAAGGGCGUCACCACAGUGCACACGCAGAGUGCGGCGGUCCUGACCUUCCUGACUAAAGCGGCCAUGCGCAGAGUUGACUUUGACAAGGCCAGUGAAGCAGCUCUACUAGCGGCCACCAUCAGUCUGACCAAUCAAACCGUCGAACCACUUCAACUGUACCGCUUUUUACCGAACUGUGCGUCUCUGUAUAGUACUAACAUCUACACAACCGAUACUGAUCUAGAUCUAAUCGUGCAGUUCUUCUCACAGAUCUAUAGAGACUCGCUCAUGCAUACACUGAAUUCUACCUACCUUCCACCUACCCUUAUACCCACGCAUUGUCUUGCCAUCAGACUACAGUGGAACGGUUGCUUUGGAUAA